AGGCUUGGAAACAGCUUUGGUGCACGAUCGAAAGACGAAACACUUUAGCACAAGACAAAGGGAGACGCAGACAAUCAGACCAGUGACACAUGAGGAAGGGCAAGUGACCUGAAACGAGAGGGCAGGUAAAUAUCAAAAUAAAACAGGAAAUGACGAGACAGAACAAAAACCCAGCUUGACCUCACCGCGGUGUGACAAUAAAUGCCUUUGAGAGACUGUCCAAUGAGAGAAAGCUCCAGCACUUUUUUCUUACCCAGUAUGUGUGUGUUUGCAUCAGAGUUUUGUAUGGAGCAUUGGAAGGAAGACUGGUUCUUUGGCUACCAGUGUAUGAAUGGCUCUAACCCAAGGAUGAUCCAGAGGUGCAAGAAACUGCCAGAUAACUUUCCUGUCACCGCAGACAUGGUGCAGAACUCCAUGGCUGCCAGAACCAACUUGGACAAAGAACUCAAGGCAGGAAAUAUCUACUUGCUAGACUAUGCCAUCAUUGAUGGUGUUCCCACCAACACCAUCAGGGGUAAACCUCAGUACAUUGCUGCUCCACUCUGUCUGCUGUACCAACACCCAGAUGGACUUAUACCUAUCGCUAUUCAGCUAGAGCAGACUCCAGGCCUGGACGCACCCAUAUUUCUGCCAAGAGACCCCCCCCUGGCCUGGCUAUUGGCCAAGAUGUGGGUGCGUCACGCUGAGUUCCAGGUGUUCCAGCUGCUGUCUCACCUGCUCAGGACUCACCUGGUCAUAGAGGUAUUUUGUGUGGCUACUCUGAGACAGCUGCCUGCUGUCCACCCAAUAUAUAAGGUAAACAUCCGCACAC